AGGAAGUUGAAUUUCGGGACGCUUCUGCACUACCGGAAGUGAAAACUGAGCGCUAGAAACAAAAUUAUAUAAAAUACUUUCGGGAAUAGAUAGAUUCAAGGACAAAGAAAGACACAAAAAUGAGUAACACAGUCACUACUAAAGGGAGAUUCAAGUUUAAGAAAACAAGUGGCAGUCUCAGUUUAAACAAGCCCGGCUUAUCCACCUUACCAUCCAAUGGGAACAUCUUCACAAGCUCGGCACAAAGUAACGUUAAUCCCAGGCUGACAAACAAUGCUGCCGCUCCUCACAUGGGCAGCAAGUCUACCAGAAGUCAUGGGAACUUUGCAGGGAAAGUUGAUGAUUUGUUUGCUGAUGAUGAAGAGGUCCAGUUUUUGUCCCAGACCAAACCGUCACAACCUUUUAAGGUGGAAAAGCCUAGAAAUAAGACAGCAACGAUCCAGCAAUCCAUCACAGCCUUCACCAUGCAGAAGAAGUCUAAACCCGUAGCUGCUGUGGCACCACAAAGGUCACCUGAGAAGCAUAACCCACUGCCAACCCAGCCUCGGUCCAGCAUGAAACGGAAGUCCUCAGAAAUGGAGAAGUUUGAUAACAUGGAGGACAUCUUCCUCAGUGAUGACGAUGACUUUGACAUCUCCAGCUCUCCAUGUUUCGGAAAGAAAAGUAAAACAGAGCCCCCUUCCACGGAGAGUGUGGACACUGAAGCAGAAGUUGUGGGUCCCACACAGAAGAAGAGGCGGACCCUUGAGUUCUCUGAUAGUGAUGAGGAUGGGGCAGAUGCACAUCUACCAGAACCACUUCAAGCUCGAGUAAAGCCAGACGUUAAAGUCAACUUACCCAACCCACCCAUGGGGAACCGUCUUCCAUCAACGAUGGAAUCCACUGCAGCAAAGGGGAACCAAAAUGUUGGGCAGCCUGUUUUUCCGAAGAAUGAGCCCAUAAACCAUGGGGAUGUAAAUAUGCUUGAGCUGCAGCUUCAACUGCUACAAGUAAUGGACCGUAUCUGUGGGCACCUGAGUCAGAUGGCCAUGGUGGACAUGAUGGCAGCCUUUCCAGCAUCCUCUAGUCCAGUACAGGAACUUCUGCAACAGUGGAAUAGCAUUAAGAAGACUGCUAAAGAUAAAAAUGUCGACCUUACAGAGGAAAUUCUUGUCAAUACAACACAUUCUGCUGGCCACUUUACAGCUCCAAAGACGGAAAACACAGGGUAUAAAACACCCUCAACAAUGGCGAAAAGGAAUUUCAACAUUUCCAGUGCAAUAGGAAAUGUAACGCCACCCUCAUGUGGCUGGCAAUCUGGCCCAGUUACAAGUACUGUUCAGAAACCCAACCCCAGUUCUAAAAUCAAUCAGAACACAUCAGCCUUCAAUUCCAGUAAGCUUGCGUCACCCAUUCCUUGCGGAGACAGUUUCUUUGAGGAAGAUGCAGUGCUUACACAAACUCAUGUGAACUUUAUGAGCAAGUUUCAGAAACAUUCAUUCAACUCCACAAACAACUCCAGUACAAUGUCGACUCCGGUGUCAUUUCCAAAGACCAAGUCUACACCUGCAAUUCAGGUCGAUCAAAGUAAAAACUUUGGACAAAGAUCUGAUAACACCAACAGAAAUAAUUAUACAAGUAAUACCUCAUUCUCUGAUGCAGAUUCAUUCAUUGCUCCAAAUAGGCCAGUAGAUGAUUAUGAACCAGACAUGUUUGACAGCGUAGAUGAUGAAAUUAACAUGCAGCUGGCUGAACAGUCAGACUUUGAGUUUGACUACAAGAUAUCUACCUCAACAGUCAGCAAGUCUAAGCCAAGUAUGGGAAAUGCCAGUACUUCUGGAUAUACCGAGGAGCCUAGUUCCGUCAGUUACCAAGGUGAAGUUUCACAGGAUGAUCUUAUAGACGGGUUUGAAGAUGAGGAGGACUUUAAUCAGAUAGUCUCUCAAAACAACCUACCUCAAAUACCCAAGCCGAAAAGUUCAAGGAAUUCCCUUGACACAACUAGCUCGGCCAGCGUAGCAGAACCCCCGAGUGAGUAUGCCAGUUACUCGUUCCCCCACUGCCAUGAGAUGGUGAAGGUCUUCAACCAGGUGUUCGGUUUACAGAACUUUCGUAAACACCAGCUCGAAGCCUGCAAUGCUGCACUGCUCGGCAAUGAUACGUUUAUCCUCAUGCCCACAGGGGGAGGUAAGAGCUUGUGUUACCAGCUACCAGCUUUGGUGUCAGGUGGGGUCACAGUAGUUGUCUCCCCUCUCAGGGCCCUUAUCCAGGACCAGGUCCAGAAACUCAACUCUCUCAAUGUCCCAGCAGGCCACCUGACGGGCGAUGUGAGCGCAGAGGAGGCUGACAUCCUGUACAGGAAGUUAUUCCGACGGCAGCCAGAAGUACGCCUCAUCUAUGUUACCCCAGAAAAGUUGUCUGCCAGUGAGAAGCUUCUGAGCGUCCUUGGUAACCUGUAUGAUCGCAAACUGCUGGACAGAUUUGUCGUCGAUGAGGCUCAUUGUGUUAGCAGUUGGGGCCAUGACUUCAGACCUGACUACAAGAAACUUGGGGUGUUGAAGGAGAAGUUUCCUGGCACCCCGAUGAUGGCCCUCACUGCCACAGCAACCAUGAGGGUGCGCAAGGACAUCUGUCAUCAGCUUCACAUGAAGAACCAUAAAUGGUUCACCUCCAGUUUCAACAGAUCUAACCUGAAGUUUGAGGUGCGGCCCAAGAAACCCUCAACAGCCACCAAUGAUAUCAUCAAAAUGAUCAAGGACGACUUUCCUGGAAAAUGUGGCAUUGUCUACUGCCUCUCUAGAAAGGAGUGUGAUACCACGUCUGAAGCUCUAAGCAAGGCAGGCAUCCUGUCUGUGUCAUACCACGCGGGGCUCACGGACGGGGAGAGGGUCAUGAUUCAGGAGAAGUGGAUCCAGGGGAACAGAUGCAAGGUGAUCUGUGCAACGAUAGCGUUUGGUAUGGGUAUCGACAAGCCAGAUGUGCGGUUCGUGAUCCACUACUCCUUACCCAAGUCUGUGGAGGGCUACUACCAGGAAGCAGGGCGGGCGGGCAGGGACGGCCGCCUCGCACACUGUAUUCUCCUCUACACAUAUAGCGACGUGAAGCGACUACGCAGAAUUAUUGAGAUGGACAAGAAUGCAAGCUUUGAGUCUCGGCGUGUUCACAUUGACAACCUGUUCAGGAUGAUCCAGUACUGCGAGAAUGUUGCGGAUUGUCGCCGGGCCCAGGUGCUCAACUACUUCAACGAGUCCGGGUUUGACCGAGGCCAGUGUGGGAGCAUGAAGGGUGCCAUCUGUGACAACUGUGUCUCUAAGGAAACAUUCAAGUUACGAGAUGUGACCGAAGAUGUGAAGCUGAUCAUCAAGGGAGUGCAGGACCUGACAGCCAAGAGAUACAACAGUGACUUCACUCUAAUACACUUUGUGGAGAUGUUCAAAGGUUCCAAGAACAGCAAGAUCACAGAAAAUGGCCAUGACAAGCACCCGAUGCAUGGUCGAGGGACGGCAUACAGCAGACAGGAUGCUGAUAGACUUUUCAGGAAGCUGGUGAUCGACGGUGUACUCAUGGAGGAGCUAAAGAUAACUGCCAUGGAACAUGCUGCCUGCUAUAUCAGAUUGGGCAGGAGGUCUCAGGAUGUCCUCAAUGGUAAAAUGAAGGUGGAGUUGCAGGUGCAGGAGAACCGGAAGAAGAAGGAGGUGAAGAUUGGCACAGAGCCUGUCAGUGAGAAGGCAGUCCUAACAGACGACUGCUAUAAUGAGCUCAAGACCCGCGCAGAGGAAUUGGUCCGGGAGCAUGGUGGUGGUGUAAAUUUCUUCGUCAUCUUUCCGUACGCCGUGUUACGAGCCAUGUCGGAGAAACUUCCCCUCACUGUCAAUGACCUUCUUACCGUCGAGGGCAUGACCUUCAACAAGCUCCGACAGUUCAAGGCCGAACGAUUCCUCGAUAUCACCAAGAAAUACUCGGAACUUAUUGCUGCUGUGGAAGAGCAGGAGAGUUCUCCCCCCGAAGACUCGGACACAUGGUUGACAACAUCUGACUAUUUCCCAGGCCCCUCUUCAUCCCAGUCCCGUGGGUCAAAAAGAGGGCGGGGUAGAGGCAAAGGUGCAGGGGGUAAACGGAAUUUCUUCAAAAAGAAGCAGGCUGGGGGAGAUUCAUAUGGUAAAGCAAGAGGCGGAAAGAAAUCUGCUGCCAGUAAAAGUUCCACAACCAGCUGGAUGUCCAAGUCUACAGGUGUGAACUCUGGGGCUAGGGGAGGCAAGGGAGGCAACUUGAACCAGUUCAAAUACUCAAACAAUAGUUCAGGGGCGGGGUCAAGCACUGCAAGCAGGCCUACAGGGGGCGGAAAUAGGCCAGGCAUGAUGCCAGUGCCCCAGCCCAAGAGGUCCUUCCUCUCGAGCAUGGGCGGUACUUUCUUUGGUUGAUCGUGGGAUGAUUUCCACCCUAUGAAAUAAUCGCAUCUACCCCUCUUGAAAUGAACCAUACCUAUGUGGACUUGUUCAAACUCAUUGAAAAAUGUUUGAGAUUAGAGGAAUUGAAACUGUCUCCAAUGUAAAUGUUUCAUAAUGGCAUUUGGCCGCAUUAUUGAGGGAUUACUUCAUUUUAAUUUUAAAACUCUAAAUUGUGAGCAGUUAUGCUUUUAAAACCUUUGUAUAUUUGAAGGUUUUAAAUCAUAAUUUAAUAAACUGUAAUUAUGUUUUUAUCAAUUGUAUUUUAAUUUUAGAACAUUUUCCUUCCUUAGUCUUAACUAUUUUGUGGUGUUUUUAUCCAAUAAAGUGUUUU